CCUAUUCUGCCUUUUCAGCUGUCGGGUGUUGAGUUAUUUUGUGUGAAUGUUGAUGGCAGCAGCUGUUACUGCAGCAAGAGUCUCCUGGCUGCAGCCUCCUGCAACACACACAGCUAGACCCUUUAGUCAAUUUCCGACUCAGAGCUUGGAGCUACCUCAGUCAUCCCAAGCCCUGGGCAGAGAGAGGACUGUUUGCUAACUGUGCACUGAGAGCCCUGCUCACCAGAGGAGAGGACACCUUCCAACAACCUGCAGUUUGGCAAACCCAGUCUAUCAGAGAGGGGCUUGAUCUCAGAAUUCCAUCCCACCUGUCCCUGUAGCCACCAGCUUCCUGUGCAGACCCAGAUUUUCAAAUUUUCACUAUGAGCAGAAGAGUUGUACGCCAAAGUAAAUUCCGACACAUUUUCGGCCAGCCGGUAAAAGCUGACCAAAUGUAUGAAGACAUACGGGUAUCGAAGGUGACCUGGGACAGCUCUUUCUGUGCUGUCAACCCCAAGUUUUUGGCAAUAAUUGUUGAAUCCAGUGGAGGAGGUGCCUUUAUGGUAUUGCCAUUAGCCAAAACAGGACGUGUUGAUAAGAACCACCCCAUGGUCAGUGGGCAUACAGCUCCUGUACUAGAUAUCGACUGGUGUCCCCAUAAUGACAAUGUCAUUGCAAGUGCCUCAGAUGACACCACUGUUAUGGUUUGGCAAAUUCCAGAUUAUACACCAGUACGAUCAAUAACAGAACCUAUUGUGACCCUGGAAGGUCACUCCAAGAGAGUUGGUAUAAUCACAUGGCAUCCUUCCGCUCGCAAUAUAUUACUCAGUGCAGGUAGUGAUAAUGCAAUAAUUAUCUGGAAUGUCGGAACAGGCGAGGCUUUAAUUUCCCUUGAUGAACUACAUACUGACCUCAUUUACAAUAUCUGCUGGAACUACGAUGGAAGCCUCAUCACAACUACCUGCAAGGAUAAGAAAGUCCGGGUCAUUGACCCACGCAAGAAUGAGAUUGUGGCUGAGAAAAGUGGGGCACAUGAAGGGGCCCGGCCAAUCAAAUCCAUCUUUUUGUCGGAUGGCAAAAUAUUCACCACUGGCUUCAGCAAGAUGAGCGAACGACAGUUGGCACUGUGGGAUCCGGAGAAAUGUACCCCCCACGAGGGGAUGAGACCCAUGCGCGCGAUCUUUACCAGAGAUGGAAACAUCUUUACUACUGGUUUUACACGGAUGAGUCAGAGAGAGUUGGGCUUAUGGGACCCGAGUAACUUUGAUGAACCCAUCGCCUUACAAGAGAUGGACACCAGUAAUGGAGUUCUCCUUCCUUUCUAUGAUCCAGACUCCAGCAUUGUUUACCUCUGUGGAAAGGGUGACAGCAGUAUCCGUUACUUUGAGAUAACAGACGAGGCACCUUAUGUCCAUUACUUGAAUACCUUCAGCAGCAAAGAACCACAAAGAGGAAUGGGCUUCAUGCCUAAAAGAGGUCUCGAUGUCAGUAAAUGUGAAAUAGCCAGGUUUUACAAGCUGCAUGAGCGAAAAUGUGAACCCAUUGUUAUGACUGUACCUCGAAAGUCAGACCUCUUCCAGGAUGAUCUAUAUCCAGAUACACCGGGGCUUGAGCCAGCCAUCGAAGCUGAAGAGUGGUUUUCUGGACAGAAUGCUGACCCUUUGCUGGUGUCUCUAAGAGACGGCUAUGUUCCUGCAAAGAACAGGGAGUUUAAGGUCACCAAGAAAAACAUUCUGGACAAUAAACCACCAACUGGGCCACGACGCAGCUUCUCCUCCUGUGAUUCAGGCUUCUCACGGAUCACGCUGGAAGACCUUAUGGAAGAAAUCAAAAGUUUGAGGGCGAUUGUCGAGUCUCAAGACAAACGGAUCUCGAAUCUGGAAAACCAACUGCAUGCACUUUCCAAUGGCACAGCCUGAGCCCAAAUGUGUGAAAUCACACAGUUACCCAGAAUGCACUACAAGACCCACACAUCUUUCCUUCCCAACAAGAAAAUCUUGGUUACGUUUGGCCAGAGGGGCUGGAGCCAGUACGAGGACUCCAAAAAAUAAAUAAAUAAAUGUCCCCAUCCUACACCCCUUCAUUAUAAAAGGCAUCUGCAGACACCAUGUGCCAGGAAAAGGGUUACGUGUCAGCCAGAGGGAUUGGGGGGGCGAAAGACAUUUUUUUUAAGCACUAAUAGACUAUUCCAGUGACAUACAUAUAUGGAGAGGUCCAACGGGCUGCUUUGCAUGAUGAGUGAUAUGGUGGUAACAAAGCUACUGUGUAUAUCAUACAUGCUCCUAUGGAGAGAGUAUAUUGGGACAUGGUACUUCCCAUGUAAAAGAAGCACAGAUCAUUCUCUCUCCUUCAUUGCUGUUAUAUUCGUGGGGCUUUCAUAUAUGGUAAGAUUGCCAAUGCUAGAAAUUAACAAUAGGAUUUUAAGAUAAUUUGGUCUACAAAAUGGCAACCUUCCUUCAAAAAUAUGCACAGCUUGAGCUUUAUACAUUUGUUGCAAACUCAAGUGUUUGGGUCUCUCACACAAUAUGACAUUUACACAUAUAUAAAAUAUUCAUACAGUAUUAGAAAUGUAUUUGUAUAUUAUACAGCUAUAUAAAAUGAACUCCAAAAUAAUAAUAACAAAUAGGUUUUAAAUUAUUCCCGGUGUAUUAGUGUUGUUUUUAUUUUUAUUUUUUAAAUAGGUCCCUUUGAUUUGUUAAGGUGUUUAAGAUUGUGUUAGAGGCUGACAUGUAUUGAAAUUACCUACUGAUCCCUCAAAGGGUUUUAACCAAAUGCUGUCUGGGUACCAUGAUCUGUCAUGUGUUUUGAAUGUAUUUGACGACUUUAUUAUAUUAACAUCCGUUGUGAUUUCUUUUUCAAUUGACUGACAAAAGUUUGUAUUUAAUCAUUACUCUUUCUUUACCCAAGUCUCUUUAUGGGUCUCAUUUUGUAUUCUCACAUUAUCAUAUAAAGAAUCUAGUCCCGUAAAAAUCUAGAAACUCUUUUAGUCAAACAACUCGUAAAACAGGGCUCGCAGUGAUCACCAUAUAGGCCGCCCUGCACUAGUGUUAAUCAUGCAUUUUAAAUCAUUGCAUUGUUUAAAAAAAAAUCUGUUAUUUAAAAUUAUUGUGACACUCUAUUUGACUUGUCGUGUACUGUAAAAUAGCCUUUUUUCUUUUCUUUUUUUUUUAAAAACCGGCUUCAAUGAAAUAGAAAUAUGCUGCAUUUUCCGUUGUGCCAAAGCAAAUGAAAUACAAAAAAUAAUAUAUAUUAUCUUGGUGAA